CGGCCAUGGGCGGGUUUAACAUUGGCACCGCGCUGGGCUGGACCUCCGGGAGUUUGAUUCUGAUCCAAAUGAUCAGGGGCGAGGAGGACGCCUCGUCAGACGCGUGGAUCGAGUCCACCCUCUACCUCGGGGCCAUCAUCAGUCUGGUUGUGGCGUCUUAUAUCGUCGCUUUGAGUGAGGAUAUCAUACUAUUGAGCAUGUUGAUGAUAGUCCCCGUUUUAACCAUGGUGAUUUGGGUAAUAUUUCUGCCAGAGUCGCCUUAUUUUUUGAUGAGUAAAGGCAAAGAAGAAGCUGCCAGAGAUGCUUUACAAAGACUGAGAGGUCGCACAUACAACAUCGACAAAGAAUUUCUGGAAAUACAGAACUUCUCGGGCAUCAACGCGGUCCUCUUCAACCUGACGUCCAUCUUCGAGGCGGCGGCCGGCCACAAAGAACACGCCAUGAAGAGCAGCUUGCUGCAGAGCAUUUUCGUCGGCGUCGUGCAGGUGGUGGCGACGGUGCCGGCCAUGUUCGUGGUGGACCUGCUGGGGCGGCGCCUGCUCAUGAUGGCGUCCAUGUUCGCCAUGGGGGUGGGCCAGGCGCUGCUCUUCGUCUACUUCUUGCUGGAGGAGCUGUGGGGGGACAGCCUGGCGCCCGGCUUGGGCUGGCUGCCGCCCGUCGGCCUCGUCCUGUUCAUCGCCAGCUUCUCCGUGGGGCCCGGCCCCAUCUCCAUGGCCAUGCUGGGCGAGAUAUUCUCCGAGGACGCCAAGAGCGUCUCCGCGCCCGCCGCCACCAUUUUCGACUUCAUCCUCUCCUUCUUCGUGGUGUGGACCUACGAGUACCUGGCGCCCGUGAUUGCCCUGUACGUGUUUUUCUUGGUGUACGCCGUUUGUUGUUUUUUGGGCUUGGUGGCCAUUUUUUUCAUCUUGCCUGAAACGAAAAAUCGCACAUUCGAAGAAAUACAAAACAUUUUGGAGGGAAAUGCGCCACACAUGGCCCCUUUGUUAUUCAGAAGUUGACAGAGAGAUUUACCGUGCGUUAAAAAAGCCAUAACCAUGUCAGAAAAUUCUAUUCUAGCCGUGUUUUAUUCAUAUUUCUGUUUAUUAAGUUAUUAUUCAC